ACGGGACCCAAUCAGGGGAGAGGGAGCGUGGAGCCGUUUCCCCAGUUGGGAAAGCGGGGUCGUGUUUAAGGCCCGGCUGGAGGCCGAUGGUGGAAAGGCGAAGGCCGGUUAAGAAAGCGCUGCUUCGAGGAAGCUGCUUCGAGCCUGGUGAUGGCCGCGCCCAGCCGAUAACUGGGGAGGCUGCUGGCUUUUACUCUUCCGAAUAUGUCCAGUCGAGCAGUCUGGGAGCGCGUCCGAGCGAGGGUGCAGCGCUUCCCUGAGCUGCUGGCGAGUUGUGGGGAGCAGGCCUCAGUUUAUGGCAAAUGUAUUGCUUCCAAUACUACCGAACAUGGAAACUUGAAAAAGGAUGUGUGUGCCAAGGAAUUUGCAAUGCUGAUGGAUUGCUUCACAGAGGCUGCAAAAAAAAAUGUAAAGACUUGAAAUGGAUACUGAUGGCAAAUCUGGGAUUUAUAGUUGUUUUCAGCACCGAAGAAUAAAGAACUUUUCCAUCUGUCAUUAUAUUGAGGUCCAGAAAUGGAAUAUUUCCCAAUGUGCCAAGAGCUAAUGGCUUUUCAAUUUAUGCAUGUAUGUACUGUAAGCACAUUCUGGAAAACUUUUUUUAAAUGUAAAACUCAGUGUGUCGGGGUUUUAAUUUAAACGAGAUGAGCAGUAUAAUUUUUCAGAGUGGCAAGAGGCAAAGUUCAAGGCUGAGAAGUAUAAAGCCAGAAAAUAUAUAAAUACCAUUUAAUUCAGAUUUUUGUAAUGUUAGAAUUUCUAUUAGCAAAUAUGUCAGGUUCCCUUUGGUAAAAUAUGACAUUAAUAUACCAGCGGCCUUUUCCUAUCAGUGGAAUGUCUGUUAAAUUAGCUACUUGUACCAAUUUUGCCCUGAGGAUUUACUAAUUCCCUUCUUAUUUACAGGAAUAAAAUAAGAUACUUCUGUA